GUUUGGCUCAGUCGGGUCCCGGCUCUCCUCCGCGCGUAAUGCGGACCUUCUCCUGCUUGGGACACCGAAGAGAUACCCGACAACAUCCACAUCGGGAAACGGCCAACGAGCGGCUCAGUUCAUGGAUGGUCGGAAAUUUUAAAAGGAAGUAAUUUCUUAUCCUCGAAGAUUGAUACUAUCCUCGGACGUACUUCUACUAUUUUGCGCGUAGUUUUCAAAGUGAACAAGAAUGUUACUGAGCAGUGCAUUCACCUCUGGAUGCCCGUGGCUGAAACGGAUGGCCACAUUACUUCUCAUGGUUCUGAUCCUGCAGCUGGCGGUGUGGGAGACGAGGCCAUCCACCCAGACUGUGCUCUGGUGGUUCAGCACAUGAAGGCUCAAGAAGAGUGCAACCAGAUCCUCAAACAGGAGGAGAACAACCACUCUACCAGGACAGGUUGUCCGACAGCGUGGGAUGACAUCCGUUGCUGGUAUCGUGCUGAGGUGGGACAGGUGGUCAGUGUCUCGUGUGCCAAUGUCUCCCAGCUGUUUGCUAAUAACCAAGGUUACAUCUACAGGAACUGCACUGAGAAUGGAUGGUCCGAGCUCUACCCCUCCUAUGAGGAGGCCUGCGAGUUCACAGAAUACGAAGUGACAGAACCAGAGACAUCUUACUUCUCCAACUUCAAACAGGUGUACACUGCUGGCUACGCUACCUCCCUCAUCUCUCUGAUAUCAGCUAUUUUUGUUUUCACUGUGUUCAGGAAGUUUCACUGCACCAGGAAUUACAUCCACAUCAACCUGUUCUUCUCCUUCAUCCUGAGAGCGAGCGCUGUCUUCAUCAAAGAUGCUGUUCUUUUUUCUGAUGAAAACCUGGACCACUGCUUCAUGUCUACUACAUCCUGUAAAUCAGCCGUGGCCUUCUUCCAGUUCAGUAUCCUGGCCAACUAUUUCUGGCUGCUGGUGGAGGGAAUGUACCUGCAGACGCUGCUUGCUCUCACCUUUGUCUUCCAGAAGAAAUACUUCUGGUGGUACAUACUCAUCGGCUGGGGUCUUCCUACAACAAUCAUAACGGCGUGGAUCCUCACUCGAAACUUCUACGAUAACAAGGGGUGCUGGGAUGACACAGAUGUGGCCUUCAUCUGGUGGAUCAUAAAAGCUCCAAUAACUGCGUCACUACUGGUGAACUUCAUCAUCUUCAUCAAUGUAAUCCGCAUUCUGGUCCAGAAGCUGAGAUCUCCUGGUGUCGGUGGCAACGACACCAGUCACUUCAAGAGGCUUGCCAAAUCCACCCUGCUUCUCAUCCCUCUGUUUGGGAUGCACUACAUGGUGUUUGCCUUCCUGCCAGAAAACACAGGAGCAGAGGCCCGAAUCUUCAUAGAGCUCGGCCUGGGAUCCUUUCAGGGAUCUGUUGUGGCCCUGCUCUACUGCUUCUUGAAUGGUGAGGUGCAGGCAGAACUGAAGAAGAGGUUUUGGUUUUGGCAGACUCAGAGCUACCUGAGCUACAGUAAAAGACGGCGUACGUUGUUCACUGAAAGCAGCACGGUCACUCAGAUCUCCGUCCUGGACAAAUCCAGCCCCAAAGACCAGCCGGCCUCAGAGACACACACCCUCACACCCAGCAACGUCUCUGCCGUCUGAGGAACAUACACUGGUGUUCACGUCUUGUGUUACAACACCUGCUCAGCAUUGGGACGGCGUCCUGAGCAAGUGACUAAACCACAGAGCCUGAUUGUUGAAUGUUAAAGGUACCUCUUAACUUUGUACGGUACGAAUUCCCACAUGGGCCUCCAAACUUAAGUUUUUUUAUUCACAGUAUCCCACACAACAUUCCCUCAUGAUAUUUAUCAUUUUCAGCUCCCAGGCGUCAGACAGAGAGGCCACAUCUUCUGUUACCUUAUUUAUUUAUCAUAGGCAGGAUUUAGCUGUGGGGUCCCUCCUCCACAUCUUAGUCACAACCACCACAUCAUUUCUCCCCUUCUAUAAACACACCAACAAGUGCACCAUGUAUGUGGCUUAAAAACGUUGUCCUUUAACUUAUUUUAUUACAUGUAACAAAUUAAAAAUCAACCAUAUUAUACUACUACGAUAAUAUACUAUAUAAGUAACAAUUAUGACGAGUAGUUUUUUCUUUUACAGCUCCUCUGACUACUGCUGGUUUAAGUCUCAACUGCUCUGUUUUGCACUGUAAUGUUGUGUUUGUUCACAUGCUAAAUCAUUCAUAAAUGAAAAUGGGCACCAAUAAAAUAAUUUUUUCCUUUAUUGUGGUCUCAAGUAGCCACAAGAUGGACAAUAGUCAGAAGGAGUAGGAGCAGGAGAGGACAAACACACGUUUCUUGCAGCUGUGAGGUCAGUUAGUGGGGAUUUUAUAACAUUUUCAAUUUUUUAGGGUAAAAAUAAGUCAGUUUUAUUUUUAUGUAACAGCCUUUCCUGCAUUAAACUAAUCUAAGAAGAGAAUUAAGAAUAGUUUUAUGAUACAUUUCUUCCCCCACCUCUGCAUCACGUGAGGUCGUUUUUCAAGCAUUUUUUGUAAGUACAAAGUCAGCAGCUGAUUAGGUUUGUCUACCAGGUUGUCCAGUUUGCAAAUGCCACAGGCCCUAAAGGACAUGCUGUUCACAAUAUAUUGAGACAGAAAAAAAACUUAAAUCACUACUUGUGCACUUAAUACUCCUCGAUUUGGCUGAUCUGUAUUUAUUUUUUAUACUUUUUCCUGAUAGAAUUGUUCCAUUCAUUACAGUCUAGACUUCUCUCACAAUGAUGUUCAUGUUAUUCUUGCUCUAACUCAUUCAGUGCCACUGGUCCUAUGACUGCUGGGCACUACACUAUCAUUCUUCUAGUUCUUAUAACAUGAAACUUCCAUCAUUUAAUAGAACAUGCCCAUGUUACCAUCAGUGGCUCUGCAUGCAACAUGUUGCACAGUGCACUAGCGCACAUCUGGAGCACUAGACUGUAAAAGCUAUUUAUCUGUGAGAUUAUUGUUUUUAAUGUCUUUGUGUCAAUGUAAAUAGACCUGAACUAGAGUUUACAUGUAUUUUAUGGCAACAGUGCAGUUCCUGCAACAGAUUUAUAAAACAUAUUUAAUGACCUUGUUACAGUAAAAACAAAAAAGUCAUAAAUAAGGUAAAAACAGAUUUAACAUCUUACUUUGAAAUAGAAGAGUUGGUGUUAAUAUUUAACAGAUUUUUGUAUCAUACCUAUAUGAUAGUUAUAUUCUUUUAUGCUGUACAAUUGCAAAGUGUGGAGAAAAUUAUACUGUUCAUUUCCCUGUUUGUUAACAUUUAGUUUAGUGAUGCACAGGUACUGACUGCUGUGCUAAAGCUAAUGCUAAUCCAGAACCUGUUUCCCAUGAGAAGUUAUUGUGGGAGACUAGAUGAGCUGUUUUCAAGUCAAUGACUGUUUCUGUAUCUGUGCUUUGAAUUUAUAUAUAUGUUUUCUGUGUUUUAACUAUAGUAGGAAGUUAGUAGGUAUGUUCCGUACACUCAGUAUUCAUGUACAUAUAGAUAUGUGCAGUAUUCUUCAUGGAAGGAAUUACUACGUUACUCAGCUACUGACCGCUACAGUGCCUUUAUUAUACAGUAUAACUCACUGUUUCUCUGGAAUACAGAUGGAUGGAACCUACAGUAGGUUUGCAUUCAGAGCUCUGUGUGACAAAAUCAUAUAUUUAAGGUUGUGAUACUAUAAUAUGUACUUGAGUCUUUGCUGUGCAGCAUAACAGAUCUGCUUCUGUGUUGUGUUGGAUUCAAGACAUAAUAAGAAUUGUGCUUAAGUGACAAAAACAAAGCUUUCAUCACAUUUAAAAACUGCAGGGAGGAGAUGGAGGAUGAUAUUCACUGAGCAUGUCUUGAUGUGAUCUUCUUGAGAAAAAAAAGCCUUUUAUGUUGUGUCUGGACUUUGCUUUUUAGAUUACACAGUGUUAUUUCUCUUUCCUCUGACAAAGUGAUGUAGGUUUCUUUUUCAGGUUCCAGUUUACGACAUGAAUGCAAGUUUCUCAUUUGGUGUUCUCUUAUUUGGGCUGAGGGCCAACAUUACAGGAGAAGACUGGUGAACACAUCUGUAUUUUCUUAUUGUUAACAUCCCAUGAACAGACUAAAACCAAGUCCAAGUUCUGACUUCCCUUUUUUUUGGCUGUGGCACUCCAAGACCAUUGCUAAUGACAAAGAAAAACAGUUUUAAAACAACUCACAAACAAAACUCUUUAAUUUCAGAAAAAAAUAUGGCCACUGUAGUUUUUUUCAUACAUUAAUUAGACAGGAAUAAAUUCUGCAUUUGUUAGGAACUAUUUUCAGUUGCGGGUUAUAACACAUUUUAUUAGGAUUUUUUUGGUUUGUUUUUUUCAGAAACUAUUAAAAAUAUAUCAGUGAUCUACACUGUUGCUCUGGGUAACAUGUUCCUUCAUUACCAUGAACACACACACUGUAGUUUAUUUUGACUUAAUCGCACAUACACCAU